AUGAGGGAGCCCACCUACGAGGAGGAGUACACCUAUCUGCAGGGCCAGCACGACUACGGCAACGAAGAGACCCCAAAGCUCCUCAAUCCUUCCCACUUCAAUAACGAUCCCCUUGAUGACAAAACCCCGUUGAUUGAAGAUCAUGUUUUCGACAACAGCGUGGGCCACAAUCUCCCCGUGCCUACUGAGCACCUAGGUGCCAAUGUUGGAGGUGAUACCCAAAAGGCCAAAACCUCUCCUAAAUUACCUCAACAAGAGUUGAGCAAAAAGUUUCAGCGUUUAUCCAUGACUUUGCAACAGGCAAGAACCUCGGGAGACUCAUAUCAGUUCAUGUCUUCCUUCCAACAAAAUGUGGAGAAGGCCAAUAAUGACCCUACUGCUUUGGCGAAGAGGGCAUCGGCAGGUAAAAACCAACGCACUAGCUUGUACUACAAGAAAAUCCACGAGCGUCAUGAGGGAGAUGACAAACUGAUUACGGAUAACGAAUCAUCCAGAAAACCCCGCAAACCUUCAGUCCCUGACCAAACCUCCAUCAGUACCACAAGUGAUAUAUCUAGUGUGGCCAGCCAAGAAAGUGCUUUAAGAAGAGAGGAUGAAGAAACAAAAUCCAAUGCUUCAUCAACUAGUUUUGAAUUUCAAGAUACAGCAAACUCCACUUUAAACACGUUUACUCCAGAAAAGUCUGCCUACAACAUCCAGGGUUCUCGCGUAUCACCAUGGAAAGCAAGAAGAGCUCAAGCUGAUGGGGAUGAAAUACCCGUAAGAAGAGAUUUGAUGAUUAAAGGUGGUGAAGAUGAACGGAAGGAUCCAUUCAUUGUUACUCCCAACACGAGAGCCAAUAUGAAAGAUAAAUACCCCAAUGGUUUGAAUAUUUCAGUAACUGAUUCACUCUUAGAUCCAAAGAAUAGAGGAGAGAGUGAACCUGAACCUGAACCAUCAUUUUACGAAACUUCAGAAUCAACUGCAAUUUCCAGCCAAACUAACAAGAACGCACGAGAAUCUACAAUUUCCACUCAGGACUUGGACGAUGAAACGAAUAAUGACGAGUUAUCAUCAUUAUUUGUACGAGCAUUACAUCCAUUUGACUCCACUACCUUGCAAUCAGAAUCAGAUGCAUCCAUUUGUUUAUCAUUCGAGAAGGAUGAUCUUGCAUUUGUCCACACCAUAGAUGAGUCUGGUUGGGGAGAGGUGACUCUUAUCGACUCAUUGCAAAGAGGAUGGAUUCCAAUGAAUUAUUUUGCAAUUGCUGUGACUUCAAAGGAUGAUUUUGAGGAAGACUACGACGAAGAAGACGAAGAGCUGGACACGGGAAAGAUACCCAACAGUCAUUACUUAAAACCUUUGUUCCAUGCUUGUUCGAAGUUCCUCAUGAAUCCUCUUAGUCAUAGAAACCGUCAUGGUAAGUAUACUUUCUCCAUCAAGGUGAUCAACUCCAUUCGAGAUGGAGUCAGAUUACUAUUACAACAAACUGAUUGCUUGUCCAGGUCAAAUGAAAUAGUCACUAAAAGGCCUAUUGUCAGAAAAACUCGUAAGUCUUUACUUGCGGAUUGGUAUAAUCUUAUGGUUAAGGCCAAUGAAUUCAAGGGUACCUCAAAUUUCAAUAAGAUUGAAGUCUUAACCUUAAUGAUCUAUCAAGUGACAAGAAAAGCCACAUCGUUCUUGCAAGUCUGGUCUAUUGAGAGUAAACAAAUCAUAAAGCGUGAAAAUGAAAAGAAGCUUCAAAAUGAUAUGAACAAUUAUCCUUUAUUGUCAACCCCACCAUUGGCUAAGCAAAGAAUUACAGAGAUUAAUGGACUAUUAUUUUCUUACCUAGGAUUGAUUAUAGGUAGAUUGGAUUUGAUAGAACAUAAUCCAAUUGGCUGUGAUAUCUUAGAAUCAAUGACACAUCAGAUCAUUUUGCUAUUAAGGGAGUUAUUAUUCAUUUCAAAGAUUGGUUCCGAUUUUUCAUCCGAGAAGCCAAGUGACUUAGAUGGUUCUUUGGACACGUUAUUGUCCUUGGUCAGUGAUUUGGUUUCAAGUGUCAAGAAUUUGGUGGUUAAGACUUUGAAUGAAACGGAAGAGGACAAACGGAUCAUCCAAACCCCAGUGGUAGCAAGCUCAGAAAUGCUUGAAACUAAUGGAAUUCAUAGUUCUCGUCCAAAAGAAUAUUACUACACGCCAGAAGGUGGUGAAUUGAUUCAAACAGCUUCUAAGAUGAUUAGAUCUAUUAACAUCACCAUUGCAGCCAUCCGUAAAUUGUUGGAGAUAACUGGUGACUUCAAGCUCAACUCCGAACGGUCGUAUCCAGACUAUGCUAAGAUGAAGAUUGAGCCAGAUGAGUUCAUUAAGAAAUGUUCAAUCGGAAUUGCAAAGGCCCAAGCAGUAAAGAAUAGAGAUUUGACUGGGUUAAAAGCUCAUGGAUACAAGUCAAAUAGAUACUCAAUGAUAAGAUCUGGUAAAACAGGAGAAUUAGGAUUAACUACUGGUGGUAUAUCCCUUUUGCAUGAUGUUCUUCUCAACGACGUCGAAGGCACAUCUCCAUUCUCAAUUUCUGAACCUGAAUUUAAACAGUUUGCCGCACAUGGUGAUGGUGGUGGUGAAGAGACGAAUAUUCAAACGCAGUUACUAGUUGAUGAUAAAGGAAAUCUUUUGGGUGCAUCCUUUAAGGGUUUGGUUUACACUUUAACCAAUGAGUCUUCGCCACCUGAAUACUUUUUUGUAUCGACCUUUUUCAUUUGUUUCAGAAGUUUCGCAUCAAACUCGGAUUUGAUUGAAGAAUUAAUAGAUAGAUUCGAUGCAGGUAACAGAUCUUUGAAGAAUCUGAACAAAUCUGACUUGAGUGAGGAAAUUAGGCUCAAAAACAGAAGAAGAUUAAUCUCCAAAAUGUUCCAAUUGUGGAUUGAAUCUUACUGGGAUCAUGACACUGACUAUCCUGUAUUAACCACAUUGAUCAACUUCUUCAAUGAAGGUGUUGCGUUGUAUUUACCCUUCGAUGCCAUAAAGCUUAUUGACAUUGCUUCCAGAUUAUCUAUGAAACCACUUAUUGAAGGUGAAGAACAAGAAGCUGAAACAAGUACUAAACAAGCUGUGAGUAAAAAGCAAUUGAUCACCAGAAGUAUCACUAUAACAAGAUCGAAUAGAAAGGACAGCUCAAGUGCAAGUGAUCCUACCUUGAAUUCAAGAUAUUCGAUGGUUGAUGGGUAUGAACUUUCCAAAAUCAACACGAACACUUCCACAUCUUCAUCCUUGAAAUCCAUGACAUUACCAAUGCCUCUUGGAGUGGGUAACCAAACCUCAUCCUCCAGUUCUCUCUUGACCAAGGCACAGAUUAGUACAAUUGAGAAGGUUAACUUAACUUACAGAGCCAUUUUGGGAGAAAGUUGGUGUCCACAAAAACUCAUUACCCCCAAGUAUUACAUUCCUUUGGAAUUGAGUAAUAUUUUGCCAAAAUGGUACAACAUUUGUGAACAAAGUUGGGUCCUCUCUAAUUACAGACCGAACUUAUUGGAUUUCAAUGGUUUAGAGAUUGCUAAACAGUUAACACUUAUAGAGUCUCAUAUUUUUUGUGCUUUUAAAGCAGAAGAGUUGUUAAAUGAAAAUUUCACAGCAAAACGAGCAUAUUUGAAAUUAGCACCUAACAUCAGACAAUCCUUGCUUUUCACUAACUGUUUAUCUGGCUAUGUGUUGGAGUCAAUAUUACAACCCAAGAUUAAUCAAAAAUUGAGAGUCAAUAUGAUUAAGACUUGGUUGAAGAUUGCCAUUUCCUGUCUUUACUUGAGAAACUUCAACUCAUUAGCAGCAAUUAUCACUGCGCUUCAAUCACAUUUGAUAACGAGAUUGACCAAAUUAUGGGCAGAAUUGUCAGAUAAGUAUAAAGAGUUAUACGACUACUUGUCAGGAAUUAUUCACCCCGAGAAGAACUACUCAAUCUACAGAUCAAAAUUGAGAAAUUUCUUGAUUUCCAACGAUUACAAUAUACCUAUUGUUCCAUACGUGUCCUUGUUCUUACAGGAUUUGACAUUCAUCACCGAAGGUAACCCAAGGUACAGGAAAGCAAACACUUUUUUGAAUCAAAAGAUUAUCAAUAUUGACAAGUACUUGAAAAUUACGAGAAUCAUUGCAGACAUAGAAAGCUUACAGAUUCCCUAUGCGAGAGGAGGAACUGCUAAGGAAAAGAGAAGCAGCUUGAUUUUCUCUGCUCCAAAGCAAAGUGAAGUGGAGGACUACAACAUUAUAGCUCUUCCAGCAUUACAAGAGCUUAUAAUCUUGGAAUUAUGGAAGGUUGCGCAAUUAAAUAAGACUGAGGAUGAUAGAACUUGGAAGUUAAGUUGCUUGAUUCAACCUAGAUAG